CCCCUGUAGUGGGUGCUGCGUCACCGUAAAGCGCAGCUGGAACCAACGCAGUACUUUAACCCGCAUUUCGUCUCGUCGGGGGAAAUAGAGAACGACGCGUCGCGGAACAAUAGUCCAGACUAGAACACGAUGUUUGCAACGAACAGAGGAGCGAGGCGGACUCGUUUCGACCAGAUCCUCCAGAGGAACCACAUCGGUCUCCCCGAUUUCCCUGGCCCGGCGGGAACCCCCAGCUCCCCCGGCCGCGCGGGGACCUCCAAUGCUACCAAACAAGGCGAGGCUAGAGGCUACACCAAGAGGCCUCGACUCCCCAUCAAGGAAGUGAUCGCCAAGUACAAGAGCGGGGACAUCCACCCCAUCAGCACCCUGUACGAGCUGGCUGAAGCGCUGCAGAGAUCUCUGGAGGUGAAGGAGACCAGCACCCCAGGCAACACCCCGGGCUUCUACUUUGCGUUCUGCGUGCUGGUGGACGGGGUGACCUACCAGACGGGCAUGGGCAUCACCAAGAAGGAGGCGCGGAGGAUGGCGGCCGAGCUGGCCCUCAAGGACCUGCUGCCCCUGCUGGAGGCAGACCUCAGCGCCGCCACCGGGCCCCCCCCCAAGGCCCCUCCUCUUCCGCCGUUCCCGGAGCAGCUGGUGUGCAGUGAGGUCCCGACCCGCGGAGCCCAGAACGCCAGAGCUCUCCCAGGCUACAGCUCUCAGAGCGAGAGGAUGUCCCAGGCGGUGAACGCGCUGCUCAGCGGCUUGCUGCGGGACCAGCCAGAGUUCUGGCCCUGCGGCUCCACCGUCGCCGCCUUCCUGCUCCACAGCCCGGCCGGGUACGAGGUGGUUGCCUUGGGAACCGGCAACAUCAACACCAACAGGUGCAUUACAGCCAACGGGCGCGUUCUGCACGACUCUCAUGCCCUGGUGGUGGCCAGGAGGUCCCUGAUGAGGUUUCUGUACCGCCACCUGCUGAUGUUCUUCAACAAGAAGCAGCAGCUGAAGCAGCUGUCGGUGUUCCAGCGGAGUGCCGCCAGCCCCCUGCUGGCCAUGAGGAGUGAGCUCAGCCUGCACCUCUACCUCAGCCUGCUGCCCAAGGGGGCUGCUCAGAUGAACCCCACCAUGCGUCUGAACCCUAUGUCCACCAAUGCCUGGGAGGUCGUCAACCAGCUCAGCCUGCACCUCGUUGCCGAGGGCAAGGUGUUCCCCCUGUCCAGCUUGGAGCCGGCCCCCAGCAGGAUGUCCAGCCUGUCGUGCAGUGAUAAGCUGACCCAGUGGCAGGUCCUCGGCUACCAGGGGGCACUGCUGAGCCACCUGGUAGAGCCGCUCUACGCGGACAGCAUCCUCCUGGGUGAGGAGGGCUGUAGCAGCAUACGGGGCCUGACGCUGGCGGUGAGCCAGCGGGCGGAGGGCGUGACGGUGGGCCUCCCGCUGCACUACUGCAUGGUGCGGCCGAUGUAUGCCCUUGCCCCGCCCCUAAGAGGCCCCGCCCCCUCCGGGCCCGGCCGUGCCCAGCGGAACCUCAGCCUGAACUGGAGCCAGGGGGACGGCGCCCUGGAGGUGGUGGACGGGCUGGAGGGCGUGGCCGUCGAAGAUUCUCCAUUUAAGAGCAGCCCAGAGUUGGCCAGCCGGCUCUGCAAGGCGGCCAUGUUGAGCCGCUUCAACCUGGUGGUGGCGGAGGCGGAGAGGAGGGAGCUGCAGCGCGCCGUGUCGUACAGGGAGGCCAAGAUGACAGCCAAGCAGUACCAGGAGGCCAAGAACAUCAUGAAGGUCCACCUGAAAAAAAACGGCUUUGGGGUCUGGCCCUCCAAGCCCCCCCACAGCGACAACUUUAACAUCUGAUCUUUAACCUUUAACCUGGGCCCGGUUCUGUUGUAGAAAGGCCUUAGUUUCUCUUUCCUUUGGUUCUGUAACAGCCUGCUUUGUUCUGGAAUAAACUGUUGAAAGGUU